GACUUUUUUGAGACGGUCACACCGUGUCGGGGAUGAAGCCAAGUCCAUGAAAAAAAAGAGUGAAUAAAAAUCGUAAAAUGUUUAUGAAAUAGUAAAAAUGCUGGCAAAAUAACAAUGCGUGGUGCCCAAAGUGACAACGCGCUGUGUAUAUAGCCAUAGAUAUACUCAUAGAUCGCUGUGAGGGGCAUGCACUGCGCCCUGCAUACCUGCAUAUGUAUGAAAAACCUGCUGCCGCGGCCGUAAUUACAGUUAGACACUAAAAUAGCUGCACGGUCGGGUUGCAAAGUAAUUUUGUGGAACUGAGCUUGGCAAGAAGGGGACUCGGGAUCGGGUACAGCCCACGCACGCUAGCCCAAUUGCAAUGGAAAACGAAUCCGUCAAGUCGGAACACAGUGGACGCUCCAGACGCUCGCGGAAUCACAACAACAACGGCGGAGGGGGAGGUGGAGGAAUUGGUGGUGGAGGCGGGGGAGGCAGUGUAAAUAACGGCUAUCACAGAGAGCGAGAUCGUUCAAGGCACUCGCAUCGCAGCACCCACUCCUCCAAAUCGGGCAAGGGGUUCCAGCGGGGCGAUAUGGCGCCCUACCAAACCAGCGUUAAUAUGACAGGUGACGGUAGUCACGAUGGUCAGGAGGUAAUCGAGGUCCAGAUCCUGCCGCAGGACGAGAACUGGGGCGAGAACACCACCGCCGUCACAGGCAACACUUCUGAGCAGAGCAUAUCCAUGGAGGACAUCAACAACAUGUGGCACCGCGAAAACGAUAAGGGCUUCGGCUUCGCCUGCCGUCGUUACAUGGAAUCCAGCUUCUACUUUUUGCUGGGAUGCGGCGCCUUCUUCUCGCCAGUGGCUAUGGUCGUUAUGCCCUAUGUGGGCUUCUUUCCCUCAGCCUUCGAUCAUCCGGAGUUGACGCAGACGGUGCGCACGCAGCUUUUGGCCUGCAGUGAGCAGUGCAAGGGACAACUGGUAUCGCUGGCCGCCCGACUGCUGCUCCUAGCAAUUGGCCUGUGGGCUGUGUUUAUGCGACGUACCUCGGCUAGCAUGCCAAGGAUUUUCCUCUACCGGGCUUUGGUCCUUCUGCUGGUCACCAUCUGUACGUUCGCCUAUUGGCUCUUCUACAUUGUGCAAGUCACGAACGGGGCUAAAAUCGUGGUGGAGACGGGAGGCGAUGCUGUGGAUUACAAGUCUUUGGUGGGCUAUGCCACCAACUUUGUGGACACGCUGCUGUUCAUCCAUUACGUGGCCGUGGUGCUGCUUGAGUUGCGCCACCAGCAGCCUUGCUACUAUGUAAAGAUUAUCCGAUCCCCCGACGGCGUUUCACGCUCUUACAUGCUGGGCCAACUCAGCAUACAGCGAGCGGCCGUCUGGGUUCUGCAGCACUACUACGUGGAUUUUCCCAUCUUCAACCCGUACCUGGAACGCAUCCCCAUUUCGGUCUCCAAGUCGCAGCGCAACAAAAUAUCGAACAGCUUUAAGUACUACGAAGUGGACGGGGUAAGCAAUUCGCAGCAGCAAAGCCAGAGUCGGGCAGUUCUGGCGGCCAAUGCCCGAAGGCGUGACUCCUCGCACAACGAGCGUUUCUACGAGGAACAUGAGUAUGAGAGACGCGUCAAAAAGCGACGUGCCCGUUUAAUUACCGCCGCGGAGGAGGCCUUCACCCAUAUAAAGCGCAUUCAUAACGAACCCGCUCCAGCACUUCCGCUCGACCCCCAGGAGGCUGCCUCGGCGGUGUUUCCCUCAAUGGCCAGAGCGCUUCAGAAAUACUUGCGGGUUACGCGUCAGCAACCGAGACAUACUUUCGAAAGCAUCCUGAAACACCUGGCACACUGCCUAAAGCACGAUCUUUCGCCGCGCGCCUUUUUGGAACCGUAUUUGACCGAGUCGCCGGUGAUGCAGAGCGAGAAAGAACGUCGUUGGGUUCAGUCAUGGUCGCUGAUCUGCGACGAUAUCGUUUCUCGGCCGAUUGGUAACGAGUGCACAUUUCAGUUGAUUCAGAACGAUGUAUCCCUCAUGGUUACUGUACACAAGUUGCCGCACUUUAACCUGGCCGAAGAGGUGGUGGAUCCCAAAAGCAACAAAUUUGUACUGAAGCUCAACUCAGAGACGUCCGUAUGACAGCACCAUAACGCCCCGCCGAUUAUCACGCCCACACACAGCAAUCAGACACAAUCUUCCUAUCUGCACGUGUUUGUCUAAUAAUCUAAAACUUUUUCUUCCCAAUCCCUUUACCCAAUAUUUUUCAGCCUGAUUUUGUAUUCACUUGGGUGCUUUGAUUUAAAAGGCCUUUGGAAAAGUAAUUCAUCUUUAUACGCCAGAAACAUAAUCAUAAUCAAUCAAAUUAAGCAAUCAAAAUUAAUUAUUAAUGACUGUGUUCUGAAAAUACUUUUAAAUCGAACAAAUAUUCGGUAAGUUAAAGCCAAACGAAAUCAGUGAAAACUAAAAUGAAUCGGGCCCUACACCUCACCUACAGAUAAGGUGAGGAGAUUGUGUACUUACUUAUCAGCUAUGAACUUAAACCUUAAACCCAAAUAUCAACAAUCAAUGCUCAAAAGCCCAGUGUAUCAUCCUAAUCCGACUCGAACAUAUCACGCGACCCUUUAUUAAGCAAAACAUGACUUACAAGUUCCCAAAGUAUUAAUUAUAAGAAUGAUCGGCUUGCAGAACCGCAAUCUAAAGAUAUCCACUCUUCAACGCAGCUCUUUUAUACACAUUUUUAUUUUAGAUAAUAUGUUUAGAAUAAAGUUGGGCUUUAACGUCUCGGAAUAUCUUAUUAUAUACCCGAUAUUUGUGCCGUUUAAGCCCAAUCGCUAGCCUUAAGAAAAUAUUAAGUGAACCAGGGCGAACACACAUGAAUUUUAAGCUAAGACCUGGACUUGCGCCAAAAGUGGAGAAGCCACUCUUAGCGCGACUCGUUAGAAUUUUACAGACGCACAUUUUAUGCCGAAACCGAAAGGUCCUAACUCUUCUGCCACAAAGGUUAGAAAUAACAAAACUAUAACUCGAAUGCAACUGAUGACAAAUACAUAAUUUAAGCGAAGACUGCCUGAAUAUGCAUUUUAUACACACAAAUUGCCAACAGCCACUAACAGGUGUAUAUACCAACCUGUGCAUAGCAACCACUUACUUAUAUACAGAAACUCGUGUAUUUUUAGAGACAAAAUUAUAGUGAUAAGGACCCGAAUUCGUAUUCGAACUUUCCAGUGAACCCAAUCAAUGCAUAAUAGUAUAUACAUACCUAUUUACAAAACUACUUAGAGAACUUUUGCUUGUGGUUUUAUUUUAUUUUCGUUUUCUAGCUAAAUGCCCUAUCUUGAGGCAAUCGAUUAUAUUGUAAUUCUCUAGCAAUUACUUAAAGCAAUUGGAAACCCUAAGCAUACAUACCAUUUACAUAUUAACUUUCAAACUGUAACUGUUGUAACUGUAAUUAGCUUAUGAAACCACAUACCGUAAAAUAAAUCGAACCCACUUUUUUAACAGCUUUAA